AUGGUCUCAGUCUCAUCAGUUUUACAAACCGUCGUUGCAGUCGUCGCUGUUAAUGCUGCAUACAUCCCUCAAGCUCCAUCAGCUCCAUCAGCUCCAUCAGCUCCAUCAGCUCCAUCAGUUCCAUCAUUAGCUCCACCAGCUCCUUCAGCUCCAUCUCCAUUUCCAAAAUUGAACGUCACAUCACCAUUCAAUAAAGAUGUCAAUGAAUCAACUUUUGAAAAAAGAACUUUCAACUUCAGUGGAUCACCAUUCUUUUACAAAAGAGAAGCCAACAUCAACGCUACUGUUGAAGUUUCAAAAAGAGGUUUAAACUUCUCAAACAUCUUUGACUUCACCAAAAGAUCUGUUAAUGAAAGCACAGUUGAAAUCACUAAAAGAAAUGUCAAUGAAACCGCUGCUUACAAACCUUUAGAUGGUCCAUCUUUCCCACAAGUUAAUGCUUCAAAACCAUUCAACUUCACUGGCCCAGCUCCAUCACCAGCACCAGCUCCAGAACCACAUUACAAAAGAGAUUUAGGUAAAAUUAAAUCUUUCUUAUCAAAAUUACAUCCAGCUCCAACCCAAGCUAGCUCAGCUCCAGCCGUCCCAACUGGUGCUCCAACUUUCAAUAGCACAACCUUCUAA